CUUUCAUCCAGUAACACACCUUUCGCAGCUCAGAAAAAUCCACAAUCUCGCGUUGAAGAUGUUCUCCAAGCAAUUGCUCAUGACAGCAUUGGCGGUCGCUUCGCUGUACGUCGAUGCUUGUUUCUUGCAGGAACCCGCGCCCUGACUGGUUUUGGUACAGAAUCAUGUCAGCCUCGGCUGUACCAGAGCCGCAGAACACCAAUCUUCCGUGCUGCCCAGACCCGUGCGUACUCACCUUCAACGAGAGAAAGUGUGGACUGAGCUCAAUUUACAGGCCGAUCUGCACUGGCCCUGUGCCUGUGAGAUGCCCCAUCCCUUGCCGACAGUGCUAAUCGACAACG